AUGAUCAGGAAUCAACUCAUACCCUCCCUCCGAGGGCAAGCUAUACGCGGCGAGGAUAAUCGCCCCAGCAGAGAAAACGCUCACACACCAACUGAUAGUGCAGUAAAUCCAGGACUCGUCAAGCCGCCACCCCACGAAAAAGCGUGGUUCGUUUCUAUAGCCGACACGUGGACAUACCACAAUCCCCAUACAGGCGGCCUGCACAGCGGCACUAGCGAGUAUAAACAGGCUGAGAAUCCUCCACCCCUCCUCCCGGAGCCUCUUUCCACCGCUGAGCACAAUGAGGAACGCAACGACGCUCAAUCCCUCAAGAACAACCGCAAACGACAUCCCAAACCCGACGGUCCGCCACAUCGAGCAGAAGUACCGGUCUUCACCUAUACAGUCCUCGCGCGUCGGGAAUGA